GAAUUGACAGACUGCUGACUGCUUGUUACUUACCCAUCACUCCCGGGUUCUUAUAUCCCAGAGUGCGGGGAAGCUCCUGUCUGCCCCUCUUUUCUCUCUUUUGGGGAAGGGAAAGAAGGUGAGGUGUUCAUCGACUUGCAUCGGCCGAUUUCAACCAAGAGGAGGAGAACCCUGAACUGCCACAUACACUCCUCUCCACAAGCAUCCCCCGACCUCUCGUCUCAUAAGCAAAGAAGACUCUGUUUUGGUCCCUCCCUCCUGCAUCGUCGUGCCGCACGAUUCGGGGGCCGACAAUUCUCACGUAACCGAGGGGAGGACAGCGCACGACGCAUCCACAACCGCCGCCGCCGCCGCCGCCGCGUGCCUGGUUCGUUCGCCCGUUUCACGGUACCACCGCAUCGGGUUUCCUUCAGCCGCCACCGCCGCCGCCGCGGCGAACCCGCUGCGCGCCGAUCCUUCAAGGAGGCCACAUGGACCAGACCACGUCGGCCCCGGGCUCAGGUCCAAAGUCCCACGAUGAGACGUCGGAGAACGACAUUCCUUCGUGCCAAGGUUGUCGUCGUCGCAAGCUACGGUGCUCGCGCGACCAACCAAUAUGCUCCCAUUGCAAGCGGUUGGACUCGCCAUGCGUCUAUGACUUAAAGAAGAAUAAGCCGGGCAUCAAACCCGGCGCGGUUGAGAGUCUCAAUCGCAGAGUGGAGGUUCUCGAAAAUGCAUUGCUGCAGAAAUCUCAUGGAGGAAGCGGCCUUCCUAGCCACACGGGCGGCACAGAGUCCGGCCACGCACUAGAAGAGUCUCAGAACGUCGUCGGGAUCCUCUCGCUGCUAGCCCGAGAGCUGCACAAACUCACUUCUAGGCACAGGGGGGGCUCGCAAUCCGAUACACCCGAAGUAGCAGCUGACCACGCCAUACUCUCUCCAUCAACGUCAAGUUCGUCCAGGCGACGCACUGUUGAUGGCAUUGAGGUUGUGUCACAUCCUCACAAUCAGCCAAGGAAACGUCGAAGGGUGGACAGCUGUGGGAAUCCCAAUAUUGAGCUCGCGUUCCCUUUGGAGGAUUUGGAAAACAUCACGACAAGCUUGCCACCACCUGACCUCCUCGAGGACAUUAUCAAUAUCUAUUUCAACAUCAUUCAUCCCUGGAUACCCAUACUUCACGAGACAGUGUUUCGGAGAAGAGUGCAUGAUCCAGAACAACUUCCGGUACUCGUAGUGGUGCUGCAUGCCAUGGUAGUUACAGCCCUUCGCUAUGUUGAUAAUAAUACCGAGACUCGUCCUUCAGCCCAGGAGAUAGAGCGUACAGCCAUGCGUUCAAGGAACAUUGUCAUUCUAAAUGCAAUGAACCAGCUUUCCGUCGAGAACUUACAAGCUCUAAUCAUAUUGGCAUUCAAUGAUAUUGGAAAUGGUGAUGUGUCGAAAGCUUGGUCGAUUGUCGGAUCCCUAACAAGAACAGUUGAAUAUCUUCAAUUGAGUGUAGAGUCUGAUAAUAAAGAGAAAGAGCCUCUACUGAAGCCUUUGCCAUCGAUUUCUCCGCCCCAGAACUGGACGGAGGAAGAGGAGCGUCGACGUGUCUUUUGGAACAUUUUCAAUCUGGAUAGGUGGAACACUAGUCUGACGUCUGACGAUGUUCAUCGCAGACUCCCAGCUGAUGGUGGUCUGUGGCAUAAAGAAGAGGCUGUAAUCACCCCCUUCUUCGGAAUUUGGGAUCGCUCUGCAGCCAAGAUGGGCAACUCCAUCGUCUUUCUGCCCGAACACUAUCCGAGCCCAGAGAAAACAGCAGAUGUACCGUCGCAGACACCAGUGACCUCCAAUUCUCAAAAGGGGCAGAACACGGUCGACAUGACAACCGUCGGCGCAUUUUCAUACUGUAUAGAGGCCACAGAAAGUCUCAGCAGGGUCACUACUUACUUUCUUCAACAAAAGAUCGACUUCGAGGACAGAGGAGAAGUCUCAUGUUGGCUCACUAGGUUCAAAGAGCUGGAUUUGCGCCUAGUACACUGGAAAAUGUUUUUGCCUCAGAAGUGGAAAGACUCCAACAUAUCCCGGCAGCCGGCUCUCAUCAACAUGGACCCCAAUCUGACGCUCGCGCAUGUGACCCAUAACACAUCCAUGAUCCUCCUCCACCAACGCAUAGCUUAUCCAGAGGCUCAUUGGUCGAAUAUAUUCAAGCUGCCGAGCUUUUGUAGUGCAGAGACCUGCCAGGAAGCUGCCAUUGAGACAACGACAAUCACGCAAAAGUACCUGAAGUAUACUCCCGAUAACAGUCCUGCCACCAGCCAAUUCGCAUUCUGUGUCUUUAUUAGUGCGAGAGUGCUAUUGGUUCAUUGGCGAUACUAUGACGCCGAGCUCGCCCCUGAGUUCUGGGUCCUUGUUGAGAGCAUGGAGGAAAUGGCUAGGCGAUGGGUCGGCCCAAUUCUCCGAGAGAAGCUCGACCAAUGUCUCGCUGGGAAAUACGCCGCGCGGCUUCGUGAGCUGCACCGUAAUUGCGAGGCAGAUCCUCAUUUCAACAUCGACGUGUUGGGAUACUCCAGCUGCACCAGCAGCCGAGCAUGUAGUCCGGCUGCUCAAACGCCAACUUUCACUCACCAGCAGGGCAACAACACCCCGUUCGCCCAACACUCUAACAGGAUGGCGCCUCGUGCGUCUUUAAGUUCGAUGGCGCCCAACCAGGCGACUGCCGCAUCGCAAUCUCGGCCUCCGCCCAUAUACGCAAACCAGCAAUCGCCAAGCCAGCUGCGCCAUGGAUCAAUGAUUGGGCCCAUGGGCUCUUCUUUGCCGAUGGCCAGUUUCACGCCUCGGGACUCUGACGCACCCGAUGAGCUCUCUGCCAUCUCUCACAUGCUCAUGGAUCAACGAUUCAUGGAAAUGGACCGAAUCAUCAGUUUUGAUGACAUGAUGUUUACAGCGCAGACCGCGAAUAAUGGCAACUCAGGUAUGCCAGUAAAUGAAUGGGGUCAAGUUGAUGAUACGCGAAUAGAGUAACGAGGCAGAAAUCCAGCAAGAAGAGCAGGUAAGUCGGUUUGGAAUCUAUUUACGAUAUUGUAAUGAACCGCAGCAUCUGUCAAAGAAGAGCGUAAGACAGUUGUUCUAUCUAGAUACUGCGUAUUAAAGUAAUACUGAGUAGAAAUACCUUC